AUGAGCCGCAUCUACCAGGACGGCGCCCUCGGGGCCCGGGCGGUGCGCAGCGCGCGGCUGCCGGGGCGCUGGGACCCCGCCGCGCACCAGGGGGGCCCGGGUGUCCUGCUGGAGGGGGAGCUGGUGGACCUGUCUCGCCACAGCAUCGUGGAUGUCCACGGCAGGAAGGAGCGCUACUAUGUGCUGUACAUCCGGCCCAGCCGCAUCCAUCGCCGCAAGUUCGACCCCAAGGGAAAUGAGAUUGAGCCCAACUUCAGCGACACCCGGAAGGUGAACACCGGCUUCCUCAUGUCCUCUUACAAGCUGGAAGCCAAGGGGGACACGGACAGGCUCACAGCCGAGGCACUGAAGGAGCUGAUGAACAAGCCCGAGCUGCUGGCGCUGACGGAGCACCUCACCCCCGAGCAGACCGUGGCCUUCUGGGUGCUGGAGUCGGAGAUGGAGGCCAUGGAGCUGGAGCCGGGGGCCGGGCUUCGGCUGAAAACUCGAGGCGACGGCCCCUUCCUGGAUUCACUAGCCAAACUCGAGGCUGGCGCUGUGACCAAGUGUAACUUUGCUGGUGACGCAAAGACAGGGGCGUCCUGGACAGACAACAUCAUGGCCCAGAAGUCUGCGGAGGGGGCCGUGGCGGAGGCCCGCGAGCAGGGGGACGGGGCGGAGGACGAGGAGUGGGAUGACUGAGCUUGGUGGGAGGUGCCCUGCCUCGGCCUCCAGCACUGUUGAGAAUUCCUUCCAGCCUUAUGAGCGGCGUCAGCUGCGGGUGCCAGCCGGCCAAGCCUCCCUGCUGCUUCCUCCCUGCCUGGGCGCACCCUCUGAACAGUCUGUGCUCACUCAAAUCCAAGAUCACAGUGGGCUGCAGCUGCGGCCCACGGAGCACCCCUCCCUGGGUUUGGGUCUCCCCACCCGGCCCUUUUCUCCAGGGGCCUGGCCCUGAGCAGCAGCCUGGUUUCUGGAAGCUUCCCCAGGUGAGCUCCCUGGGGAGUGUGAGGGAGCCAGACUUGGUGCAGACUGGAGAGCAAACGGGUUGGGCUUAGUGGGGCUCCACCCUCUGUCUCCCACAGUUUCGGGUUCUGUAUUCCUCCUCUGGGGCUCUGUCCCUGGGGGCUUCCUGUCUCCCCUCCCCCCUCCCCCCCCACCCCGCCACUGUCCUGGCGAGGAGGCUGGCAAGCUGGGGUAUGGUUGGGGAGUCCCACUGUCGGACUCACGCAACUGCUUUGGUUGUUUUGUUCUAUGAGAACUUUUUUAUGAAUAAAUAUUCAGGAAAGGAUUUCUCUGCAGCCCCUGGGCCACUGCUGGUCUGCCCACGAGGAGCUGGUGCUCCAUGGCCACGCACGUGGCCUUGCUGAGUGGAAGACUACACGUCCCGAGAGUGGGGAGGGAAACAGUGGACCCUGCUUGAGUUGCGGGGCGGUGCCGGCACAACAGGAAAGUCCCCCAGUGUGCCACACGCAGCACCCCAGAGGACUGGAAGAUGGUGCGAAACUUUGGCACCGACCCCACGAGCUUCCCGUGGGCAUAUGUAUCCCGUGGGUAUUAGCCCAGUUUUUUCAUAUGAGACUGAAGCCCAGAGGCCCACUGGACAGUACACACAGGAGAGGAGUUGAGGUCCAGACAGUGAGAUUUCAAAGUCCACAAUCUGAACUGGGGGUUAUUCUGCUUCCACGUGUACGGUAGAGGAGAAAAGCCCCUCCAGGCGGGCCAGCCUGCCCGAGUCACACAGCCAGUAAGCAGCAGAGCCAGGACCCCAAGCCAGGGCUGCGGAAAGCAAAGCCCACGCUUCCCCUGCCCUGCUCCCUUGGUCUACGGAAGGGCCCUGAGCACGGGCCAGAGCGGGCUGGCCUGUGCAGCGGGGGGUGAGCCCAGACUUAAGGGACUUGCCCAGGCCCCAGCCUGUGUCUGCCCAGCCUGAAAUCAGCCCGUUGCUGCCGGCAGUCGACUGGGUAAUAUUGUGCUUCCAGGUUUAUGAACGGGGUUCAGACUUUGCUUUAUCUUCCUGCUCAUUUGAACCUGGGCUCAACUCACUGGCUGGGAGGCUUGGGGUCAGUCUCGAGUCAGGCCUCCUGAAGCCACAGCCCUGGGUUGGGGUCCUGGGCUGCUCACAGUUCUCUUCUGCUUUUCUUCAGAUUCUUGUGAUCUCACCUGGGCGGGUGGAGAAGCUGCCUCUUUGCUGGCUCCCUGUUAAGCAGGCUGGAACCUCAGUCUUGGGGUGGCCAGGGACGUGGCUAAGCAGAAGGACUGGGGGUGCUGACUGGGGGUUGAGGCACCCAGUGUCCAAAGCAUUGUGGCUGAAGAGUAGGGCAGGCUGAUUAUGAACCGGCCACCACUGCAAACAAGGGGCCCCGUGUAGCGAUGGGGGAAGCCCCGGGCAGCAGGACAGAUACAGUGUCUUGUGGGGCUUCCAGAAGAAAAAGUCUGUUGUGGCUGGAGGCAGGGAGUGGUUGGGAAAGGGGGGGAGUGUGUUGAAAUGAGGCUGUAGCGGGGAGCAGGGCAUCUUCACCAAGUUGUUUUGGGGGACUUUAACAUCCUUCAAGCCAGUGACCCAGGGAGAAUGGUAACAUCGGUUUGUAUUUUUUAAAAAAAUGUUUUUGAAGAUUUAUUCAUUUUUAUACAAGAGCUGGGGUAUAGGCCAGAGGCGUGGGAGGGUGAGAGCAUUCACCAGAGACAGAGCGGGGAGCAGAACAGGCAGACUGACUGAAAUCCACUGCUGAGGGGAGCAGCGGGCAAGUCAGGAGAGGUCUGCCGCUCCAUGUGGGUUUCUCCCCGGCCAGCCGGGGAAUCGAACCUGGCUGCAGAGGCUGCGGACAGCUUCACAGCUCUGCGCUCAACCCACUGCGCCACCGGGGAGGCCCUGGUUUAUAUAUUUCAAAGAGAAACUGAGGGAGAUGAACCCAACUAGGAGACUCCAAUAUUGGGGGCGGGGGAGAGGCUAGAGUGGAUUGGCCUGUGGCAGUGGGGGUACAGAUGGAAAGAGAUUCUGAUGGACAGGAGGAAAGUCACCUUUCCGCAAGAGCACAGCACAGGGAAAGCCGGUGGAGAGUGGGGGGAGAGGGGUUCGGGGGGCUAUUCUGGUCCGGCUGGUUGAGACACUGUGACCACACACAACAUUUAAAGUCUUUGCAAUUGAUGUUCACUAGUCACUAUCAAGGUCGCUCCAUGGUCUUCAGAACCACCUUUUUUAAGUUUGACUUUUUUUUUAGUGUUCCUUUCCCAGAUGUAUUUUCUCUUGUUACACAAUUCCUUUAGGAAUUCUUUCUAUUCAAAGGGGACAUAUUUUUGAUUUAUCAGUUAUUCCUACUUUCAAUAUAGCUGUUUGCCUUAUUUUGACUACUAUUUCAUUUUUAAAACUUGAUUUUAUAAACAAUACAUAGACACGUGUAUUGACUUAUGAUUUUUACUGCCUCUAGGUGUAUGUUCUUUUCGGGUGUUACUUGAUUUUAUUUUCUUCAUUUCACUUAUCACCUGGUUUUACAUUUAGCUCUUCAAUCCAUUCUGCUUUUGUGUUCAAGCUGCUAACAGUUACACUGAUUUAAAUUCCCUUCCACUGUCAAGUUGUCUUCAUACAUCACCGUACAAUUUAUUAUUAUAUUUCUCCCUAGACUGACCUAUCAUGGUUAAGUUUCUUUAUUUUUGUAGAGAUUGAUUGAUUGAUGCACACAAGAGCUGGGGUACAGGCCAGAGAUACAGGGGGUGAGAGGGUUCACCAGAGACAGAGUGGGAGCAGAACAGGCAGACUGGC